AUUACUUCGAAAGUAGACUCACAUGAAUCGCGACUAUUCGCCUUGUUUUUAUCGUUUUUUACCAUGAUUCCCUCCUCGGUCAGCCUCGCGGAGCUGCGGCAACGCAUGGAUGAAGUCACGCGUUUUCUCGCGGCCACUCUGAGCAUCGCAAACGCGCACACGGUGGAGUUUUACACACACGACGUGUGGAGUCGUUUCAUGGCCGUGCCGCCUGAGGAGGUGCUGAAUGCAAUUGGCAUAAGUGACCACCAGGGGGAGACAGACGUCCAAAAACAAAAGCAAUUGAGGACCACAUUCGGGUUUUGUCAAGACGCAAACAGGCUGGUUGACCCACAUGAACUUUUGCGUUCAGCCAAGGCCCACUCACUUCCCGGCCUGGGGGUCUGCACGAGCCGGGAUGAGCUUUUGGAGGCCCUCAGACGAAAGCCCUCGGUGUUAAGCGCCGAGACGGUUGUCGAAUUAGAGCCGGAUGAGUUCAUGAACAUAAAAAAGUCGCAUGAGGUGCAGUCGAUGGCGGAGGUAGUGGACUGUUUGGCCAAGCGCUGCGGAGUCAAACAGGAAAGUAUUACUUUUGAACCCUAUAUUGGGAUUAUAUCGGGUCUGAUAAGCAUGGCGUGGAUCUCGCAGGUUAUCGACGUGGGCUCGGGGAAGGGCUACCUGAGCUCCUUCCUCUCCCUGCAGCACGGCCUUCGAGUCUUCGGCAUCGACUCCUCCAGCAUCAACACUCGCGGGGCCCAGGAGAGGAACCGCAAAUUGAAAAAGUUCUCCAAAGUGUACCAGAAACACAGGAAGGCUGCAAAAGCAGAGGAAGACAUACCACAAAUUAAAGGUGCAGAUGAUAGAAAUGAACCACGGGAGGCUGAGCGCCAGACCCCAGACCCGAACCCCAGCGAGGAGCUCUUCUUAAGCGCCAUGUCGUUGGAGGUGGUACAGUCCGCUAGGGUCUCACUGACCGAUGAGGAGAGGCAGAGGAGGAAGAAGGAGAAUCUCCAGAAGAAAGCCCAGAUCAGAAGCGGCGCCCCCGGUGCCGUCUUUUCCUCGCUCACGUCCUACGUUACCGCCGAAACGGAGCUGAGGGAGCUCAUCGAGGAGCUUGAGGACGCGGUCCUGGUGGGCCUGCACACAUGCGGCGACUUGGCCCCGAGCAUGCUCCGAAUGUUCGCGGCCAAAGCGGAGCUGCUCGCCGUCUGCGGCGUGGGAUGCUGCUACAACAAACUCUCGGAGGAGUUCGAACCCGACGCCCAGGAGAGUUCGCGCGGUGCCUUCGGGUUCCCUCUGAGUCAGCACCUUCGCCGCCGCUCGUGGUUCUGCGGCCGAAACGCCAGGAUGUCGGCGUGCCUGGCGCUGGAAAGAGUUUCAGUGGGCCACGGGAUUCAGAUGGAUUCACUGUUCUACCGGGCAGUCCUGCACGUUAUUCUCCGGGAUCAUUACAACGCCUAUAAAAGCGAAAAGCGAGUCGGGAACAUCUACUCCAAGGCGAAAUCCUUUGUGGAUUAUGUGCGACGGGCUCUUCGCAAGCUGGAUCUGGAUGAUUCCAAGCUCUCCGAUGAGGACAUUCAGCGGUACCACGACGUGCACGCGCCUCGCCGGCCGGAAAUGCACGCUUUCAAUCUGUUGAAGGUGACCCUGGCUCCGUGCAUUGAAGGCCUCAUUCUCAUGGACCGCCUCUGCUACCUGAAAGAGCAGGAUGAAGGAUCCUUUUCCGCUUUGGUGCAACUGUUCGACCCGCUUCUGUCUCCGAGAUGUUACGCCAUCGUCGCGCUGAAGGAGUGACGUGCUGCGCUAUUUUUGUACAUCGCUAAUUGAUUCUAUGAAAAGAACUUUUGGUCAUAAAGGGAGAUUUUUUAUUUUUAUUUUUUCUGAACAGAUAUCGUCGCUUUUCAAGUCAUGCAAUACGUGCUGGAAAACAUCUGUAAAAAAAAGCACUGGAUUAUUGAGCUGUGUCAUUUUUUGUUUUUUAUCUUGAGGCUGGAAGCGUGUCUCAAAAAAACGCUCGUCGCCGCCGAGCCCUUUUGGGGGGAGUUUUAAAGCGAAACCUGGAUGGCCACGCGAGUCUGGAAAGAACAUCGCGAGGCUCCCCGGCGUCGGAGGAAGAAGCCUUGACCUCUUUAAUCUGUACAGCUGUUUUGCUCGCUCCCUCCAUAAAUCUUACAUGCUCGGAAACCAA